CGCACUCGGGGCGGAGGGCGGGAGGGCGGCGGAGCCGGGCAGCGCGCAGCCUGCAGCCCCCGGGCGCCCGAGCGCCGCGCAGCAUCGGGCCCGCCGGGCAACGGCGGAGCGGAGCGCGGAGAGGGGCAGAAGAAGCGCGGAGGGCCGGAGGGAGCCCGCGGGCCUGCCCCGCGCCCCCCUCCCCCCUCCCCUCCCGCCCCCGGGAGCUGCUGAACGCCGCCGACUCCCGGUUUCUCCUCUGUGCCCGGCCAUCGGCGGCCGCUGCCGCCGCGCCGGCUCCGCGGGAAGAAUGCGGGGCGUGUGGCUAGCGCUCACCGUCAGCUUCGUGGCCUGCGCCUCCGGGCAGCCGAGAACAGAUUUGGUCUCUGAUAAGGAUUUAUACCUUGACAACAGCUCUGUUGAAGAAGCCUCAGGCCUCUAUCCCAUUGAUGAUGAUGAUUACUCCUCUGGGUCAGGCUCAGGUGCUGAAGAAGAUGAGGAUAGCUCAGUGACAACAACAUCUAGAACACUUCCAAAGCUACCAACAACGAGUGAUGCAUCUAGGGCUGAGACAAGCACGGUGAAGAUGCAGCCCAAGCUGCCUGCACACACACAGUCACCUGAAGACAUCGAUAAAGAGGCCAGAGCGAAGCCAGACGCCAAGGCAAAGAGCGAGGAGCCAGGGGACGGCAGCGACGUGUUCACCGAGAAGCACUCAGAGAACCUCUUCCAGAGAACAGAGGUCCUGGCAGCUGUCAUUGCUGGUGGAGUCAUCGGGUUCCUUUUUGCCAUCUUCCUCAUCCUGCUGCUGGUGUACCGCAUGAGGAAGAAGGACGAAGGCAGUUACGACCUGGGCGAACGCAAACCCUCCUGCGCCGCCUACCAAAAGGCACCCACCAAGGAGUUUUAUGCUUAAAACUCCUCCCUUAGUGUCUCUAUUUCUGAGAUCACUGAACUUUUUUUAAAUAAAGCUUUUGCAUAGAAUAA